AUGGAAGAGCGAAAACCAGUAUGCUCGAGCUUAGCAAUCGGGCUGUUAUUUUACCUGUGCUACUUCUUCUAUUUCGGAUCAUAUAUAUUUCAAAUGUAUUUUCUAGUGUUCUCCAAAGUGGAUUAUAUUUUGUUUGGCGUUUUAUUAAUCAUGACAAUAGUUUCCAUAUCGUUAGCUUCAAGUGGACUAAUGCAAUCGUCAAUAUUUGUGGUAGUAAUUAUACUAUUAGUAGAAAUAUAUGAAUAUAAAAAUUAUGUAUAUCCAAACAUAAUAGAUAGUGAAUUUAACAAAAUGUUUUUAAUUUUUCGAUUAUUUGUGACAAUUAAUUUUCUUUUAUUUUUCUAUUUGCAUAUAAAAAAUCUCAAAAAAAAAAAAAAAAUCGAAUUAUAUAAGUCCAAAUCUGAAGAGAAAAAAACACAAAAAAGUCAAGAAAAUAAUUUAUCACCAAAUAUAAAUGGACUUUCAAAAUAUAACACUGUACCUGUAAGGGGAAAUAUAACUCAAGAAGUUAUUGCACAUUUUCCAUGUCAACAUAAUAAUGGUGUCCCUGAAAAAAAGACAGAAAUUAUAGAAGGUCAUACAUUAAAAAUUUUAUCAAUUCCGAUUAUUCAAAAAGAGGAGAGACCACAGCCAUCUGAAAUAUUCAGCCAACCCUGUAAGGUAUUUGAACUACAAUCACAAAAUAAUCCAUAUAUGCAUUAUAGUCUUAAAACUGUAGAAAAUAACACACAACCCUUUGCAGUUAAUCAAACCAUAAAUAGUAAUACGUCAGCAAGUGAUAAUUUAAACAUGUCGUACAACAGACAGUACACAUACCCGUGGGUACCCAAUAACAGCAAUGCCAACAAUAACAGCAAUAACAGCAAUGCCAACAAUAACAGCAAUAACAGCAAUAACAACAAUGACAACAAUAACCUAUGUGGAAAUGAUGUUAUAACCUCAGGGGGGGAAAAUCAACACUUAAAUGGAAGAGUUUAUGGAAAUAAUACUAGUAUCCCGUUCUAUAAUGGAACGUUGAACUUGCCCAAUCCAAAUUAUUUCCCUAACAAUAGGAACCUAUAUCAAACGAUGCCCAACAAAACAGACCCUUACCAAGCCGGGACUUAUCAAUCGGGGGGUUACCAAACGGGGGUAUAA